AUGAGCAAAAAUCUGCCCUCGGUGCCGCAGAUUAACAAGCACGGCAACUUCCAAGUGGUGUUUGACGGGGAUACGAUGUACGUCGCUCGCAAGGAUUCCAAUCAAGUGGUGGCAGCUGCGGAUCUUGUAGACAGACUUUACUGGCUUCGCACGACGCAGCGAUCGGCCAAUGCGACAUCACUCAGCAACGCUGUUGGAUCUACAUGCACGAAUGGGCCAUGCUCCAGUCGACGUGCUUCGCAGGAUGGUGACAAGCCACAUGAUCAAGGACGCUCACAUCCCCUUCCAAGCCGAAUGGAUCAAGUGUAUGUCGCGGAUGUUAAUAAGGGAAGAUGGUCCAAAACCAUUCCCGAGUAA